GUGACACCAUAACCUCUGCUCUCAAUUUCAAAAGCUGAGUCACAGCAACACUGAAAUAUCCACAGACGCACACUCCCUUUAGACAGAGAAAGGAAAAGAGUGAGAAAAUGCUAUUUCUGCUUUCUCUCUUUACUCUUAAGCUCUCAUUAGCUGUUCCCCGCAUUUGUACAACAAUGUUCUUUUCAUUUGAGACCGCAUUUGCAUGAGAUAAUGAUUGGGGACUAAAGCUUGAACUGAGUGGUCCUUGUGUUCCAUACCAUCCCAACAAUGCAACACCAGGAUUAUGAAACAAUCGAGGAGUAGUAAUAAGUUAGCUGAAUGCCAAGAUGGUCUUUGGAAUUCUCUGAAUUCAAUGACAUGUGAUAUCAUUAUCAUGGUUGGAAUCAGAGUUUAGGCAAGCUUUGAGGAGCAAGUGCAAAUGGGUUCUGUUGGAGGGGAAGAGGCAAUUCAGGAGCCUACAGGCCAUGAAGAGAGGAUUCUUGUUUCUGUUCGUCUUCGUCCUCUCAACGAUAAGGAGCUUGCAAGAAAUGAUGUUUCAGACUGGGAAUGCAUCAAUGACACUACUAUCAUAUACAGGAGCAACCUUUCAGCUUCUGACAGGUCACUCUACCCAACAGCAUAUUCAUUUGACAGAGUGUUUAGGUCAGAUUGUUCUACAAGACAGGUGUAUGAAGAAGCAGCUAAGGAUGUUGCUCUUUCAGUUGUCAGUGGCAUUAACUCAAGCAUUUUUGCAUAUGGGCAAACAAGCAGCGGAAAGACAUUCACCAUGAGUGGCAUAACUGAAUACACUGCGGCAGACAUUUUUAACUACAUAGAAAAGCACGUGGAAAGAGAAUUCAUUUUGAAGUUUUCGGCAAUUGAGAUUUAUAAUGAAUCUGUCAGGGAUCUCCUUAGUCCAGACUGUACUCCUCUCAGACUUCUUGAUGAUCCAGAGAGGGGGACAGUUGUUGAGAGACUGACUGAGGAAACUUUGAGAGACUGGAACCAUUUUACAGAACUUAUUUCUUUCUGUGAAACUCAAAGGCAGAUAGGGGAAACAUCACUGAAUGAAGCAAGCUCCAGAUCUCAUCAGAUUCUCAGACUGACAAUUGAGAGUUCUGCACGUGAAUUCCUUGGAAAUGACAAGUCUAGCUCUCUUUCUGCUUCAGUGAAUUUUGUUGAUCUUGCAGGAAGUGAGCGUGCAUCACAAACCAAUUCAGCUGGCACAAGAUUGAAAGAGGGUUGCCACAUAAAUCGUAGUUUACUAACUCUAGGAACUGUUAUACGUAAACUCAGCAAGGGGAGAAAUGGACACAUUCCUUUCAGAGAUUCAAAGCUAACCCGCAUAUUGCAGUCCUCAUUAGGAGGCAAUGCUAGAACUGCUAUUAUCUGCACCAUGAGCCCUGCACGGAGCCAUGUGGAACAAACCAGAAACACUCUCUUAUUUGCAAGCUGUGCCAAAGAAGUGGCAACUAAUGCACAAGUCAAUGUAGUGAUGUCUGAUAAAGCAUUAGUCAAGCAAUUACAAAAAGAGUUGGUUAGACUGGAAAAUGAAUUGAGAAAUUCAGCAUCAGCCCACCUUACAUCUGAUACUGCAGCAUUGUUGAGAGAAAAAGACCGUCAAAUUGAGAUGUUAAAGAAAGAGGUAAAAGAGCUGGCCUUGCAGCGGGACCUUGCACAAUCUCAAAUUAAGGACAUGAUGAAAGUGGCAGAAGAUGAUGUGUCUUCAAUAGAAGUGGAAAGUUUGGAUCCUCAAUUUCCAAAACUACAUGUGAGAAAUUCAUGGGACUUUGAAAAUCAAAGAAAGGAGCGAAACAUAACAAGUCUUGACUGUGAGGAGAGUGUGAGGUCUUUUGAUGCAUCUCAAUAUUCAGAUGGACAUAGUUUUAGUUCUGAUGAGAACUUGUUUCAACUCCCUGACCUUGAAAAGGAUCUUCUGGUCAGAAGUUCUUCCCCAGUGGCGCCAGUUACAAGCAUCAACGCUGUACCGAUUGAUUUGGAUCAGAAGAACGUUGAAGAUCAGCAUGAAGAGGACUGUUGUAAGGAAGUUAGGUGCAUUGAGUUAGAAGACCUAAUUACAAACACACACCCAAACUCAAAACCCGCAGAUUUAAGAUCAAAUUCAUACACUAAUUCUGAUGCAUCAUCUCCUUGUGCAAACACAGCUAUCUCAGGAUUGAUUGUAGUUGAUAAUGGAGACAAAUUUAAUCGGGAUUUGUGUUCAUCAGGGUUAAAGGAAGAUAAAAGAUUGAAUCAUUUGUGCCACAAUUUUCUUCUUCCACCAAAAAACAUUUUUCCUUUGUUGACAGAAAACAGUUCAAGUAGUUGUAGAGCCUUGAAGUUGAGCCGAAGUAGAAGUUGUAAAGCCAGUCUCAUGAGGAAUUUAUCUUCAGAUUGGUUUGAAGAGGAAGAUAUAAUUCAGAACACACCCCCAAUAGGGAAUGAAAAAGACUUUAUUGGAAGACCUGAGGGUUUUCUGAAGAAGGUUUACGCACUAAAUUAUGAUGCCAAUGCAGAGAGGCUUUCAUGGAAUGGCCAUGAGAAUUCUAUGGAAUGUUCAGCUGUUGAUGAUGUACAAAAUGUGAAAUACUCCCCUGCCAAGGAAAGUGAGGAUAAUGGUCCUCUAGCUCCAGAAAUAAACGAAAUGGAAAAUAUUAAGAGUUUGAAUUUGCUGGCUGACCGUAAGGUUGCGGGGACAGGACUGGAUCCCAUCAUGUCUGCAAAGAAUGUCAAAGAUGUUGGCUUGGAUCCAAUGCAAGCUGACGGAGAAAGUCAAUCAGACUGGCCCUUAAAAUUUAAGAGGCUGCAAAGAGAGAUUAUUGAACUGUGGGAUGCUUGUAAUGUUUCAUUGGUUCACAGGACUUACUUUUUCCUUCUAUUUCAAGGGGACCCAUCAGAUUCUAUUUAUAUGGAGGUAGAACUGAGAAGACUGUCAUUCCUUCAGCACACUUUUUCCCAAGGCAAUCAGACCCUGGAAGAUGGACGAACCCUCACCCCUGAGUCAAGCAUGAGAUAUCUUAGAAAAGAGAGGCAGAUGUUGAGCAAGCAAAUUCAUAGGCGGCUAUCUAAAUAUGAUAGAGAGAACCUAUACUUGAAAUGGGGCCUUCGUUUGAGUUCCAAGCAUAGGAGUUUGCAGUUGGCCCAUAACUUGUGGACUGACACAAAUGACAUGGACCACAUUGGAGAGAGUGCAGCAAUUGUUGCAAAGCUGGUUGGUUCAGUAGAGCCAGAACAGGCCUUUAAGGAGAUGUUUGGGCUCAACUUUGCCCCACGGCCCACAAAUAGGAAAUCUUUUGGUUGGACAUCCACAGUGAGGCACAUUUUGUGAGUUUGGUUUGGAUAGGUAGUUUGGUAUGUCCAUGUAAAAAAUUCCCGGCUUUAUAUGUAACAUAGAUAAUUCUUUUUACCCCUUGUUUUAGUAACGAAUUUAUUUUUGUUGUAUGUUUCUAACUCUGAUUGCUAUUGAUUGUAAAGUGAUUUGUAAAGGAUGUGCAAUUCUUUGUUCAUCUGUUGAGGACUGAGUCCAGGUAGAUACAACACGAAUGAUUCAAUACGGAUUGUUACCUGGAUUUUCAAUGCUAUGUGAUUUCCCCCCACUUAUUCUGUUGUCCAUCAAAUUUCAUUAGUGAUUUACUGUAACAGUCCAUUGUUUAGUUAAUAACAACUUAGAUUAAUAGAAUUAGCCUUAAUGAACAUGAGAACUAGAAACUAUAUUGCAACACUGAAAUUAUUGCUAAUUGCCAAACUAUUUUUGUCAUUGGAGAACCAUUGCUGUCUAUAGCUCCUUUCUCAUACGUCACAUCAAAUAACAGCCAAGGCAUAGUGCUUAAUCUUGAAUGGCCGGAAAUUUCUAAAUAAACUUUGUUUUAAUUUACGUUUGAAUCAUUUUGAAUUCAUUUCUGUGUUUAAUUCAUAUUUACAUGAUUUUUAACAUAUUUUCAAAUCAUACACUUUGUCCAUGUUUGCUUUCAUCAUCCUCUGAACCCAAGUGGAAUCUGUGAAUUUCAUGGACUCAAUGAAGCAAGUGAAAUUCAUACACAGCAGAAGCUUUGUAACACAAGUUCAAAAUCGACAUCGAUGUUGCAUUGCAUAAUGGAC